AUGUCUGGUCCUUUCCCCGUCACCAAUAGCACUCUGCCCUACUGGCGGACAGACCCCGACCCUCUCGACAACUACCGCUCUAGCGAGAAGCUCCCCCAGGAAAGCGAUAUAGUCAUUAUCGGAGCUGGGUAUGCGGGCUCUUCUGUUGCGUACCACAUCCUCAAUCAGACGAAAUCCAGCUCCAACCCUCCAUCCAUUACCAUCUUGGAAGCCCGAAAUGCCUGCUCCGGAGCAACAGCACGCAAUGGAGGCCACAUGAAGCCCGACAUAUAUAACUUCAUCGCCACUCUCGCCAAGGACUACGGCGUCGAAGCUGCUGCGGAAGUUGCCGAGUUCGAAGCGAAACAUGUCCACGCCCUCAAAGAGUUCAUUGAGAAGGAAAGGAUUGACUGCGACUACACUGUUACCAAAGCCGUGGAUGCGCAGUUGGACGAGUCCCACUUUCACAAGCUCAAGAAUGGCCAUCAACGCUUAGUGGCGGGGGGCGCAAAGGUAACCGCGACGGCUCGCAUUAUUGGACCUAAAGAUGCGGAAGCGUUCUCAGGAGUGAAAGGGGCUGUUGGCUGCUUCACCUACGAUGCGGGUCACAUUUGGGCCUACAAGUUCGUGCUCCAUCUCAUCAACAAAGUGGUCGCACAAGGUGUCAAUCUACAAACUCAUACCCCGGUGUCCAAAAUCUCGCCCUCGUCCGACCCAUCCUCGCCUUAUCGCUGGAUCGUGCAGACGGCACGAGGAUCGGUCGCGGCGAAGUCGAUUGUGCUGGCGACUAAUGCCUACACUUCGGCUCUUGCCCCGCAAUAUAAAGGUAAAAUUGUGCCUGUGCGAGGCACAUGUUGCCGUAUUGCUGUCCCGCCUGGAUCAACAGCUCCCCGGUUGACGAACACCUACACGCUACGAUUUAACAACUGGGACUAUGACUACCUGAUCCCCCGUGCCGACGGAAGCAUCGUCGUUGGCGGAGCCCGGUCAUCGUUCUACGAGAGAGACGAUAACUGGCACAAUGUCAGCGAUGAUAGCCGUGUCCUGGAGCCUGCUAUUCGGUACUUUGAUAACUACAUGCAGCGGAAUUUUGUGGGUUGGGAAAAUAGCUACGCCUAUACCGAUCGCGUAUGGACUGGGAUCAUGGGGUACUCAUCGGAUGGUCUGCCCCAUGUCGGUCGAGUACCGGGUCAAGAGGGCCAAUACAUCGUGGCCGGCUUCACUGGACAUGGAAUGCCGCAAAUCUUCCUUUCGGCGGAAGCAAUUGCGAAGAUGAUUGUUUCGGGGGUGGGAUUUGAAGAUACCGGUCUGCCACGCUUAUUCCAGACUUCUCAACAGAGGAUCGAGAGUCGCAAUAGUAAUAUCCUCGGCAAUACUCCACAGGUGACUAGCAGCGCAAGCAGGCUGUGA